UUGGAUUCCAGGCAAGUGUGUUUGCUUUAGCUAUAAGAAUUGGUCUAGCUGGGGUGGUAGAAGGUUAUAGAUUUCGCAGGAUAGGAAGAAGAAACAAAACAGGGAUAGGGGGCUACGAGUUCUACGAACGAAUUGGGGGAGGGGGGGCAUAGAACAGAUCAAAGUGGCUUCUGGAACAAGAAGAAGAACUACAAAGCUGCCAACUAAAGAUUUUAGUAUGGAGCUCCGCGAGCGUUACAGAUAUCAAAGGCUUUCUGGGCGAUGGCUGGCAGGGCGAGCGAGCAUUGAUCGACUGGAGGCGCUCGAAUGGGAUUUGCUGAGAAGGGCCAGCAAGCGCAGAUGGUUGACGAUCUGGAAGAGGAGAUAAUGGAAGAAGAACUCGCCGCGCGCGCGGCAGAGCUUACACCAGCUGGAAAAAUAAGUCAGUGUGGAUCAAGCGAAGAAAGGAAAGGGGGCUUGUCUGUCUGGCUGUGCACAUUGGAUUCCCUCCCCCCUCUUCACUGUCACAAUUAGGCGUGGUUUUAUUUCUUCCUUUUUUCCCCUCUUUUAUUAAUUUUUUUAUUUUCGCUCUCAUGAGUGUUUCCCUUUUUUUUGUUGCGUUUCUCUUUUUCUUUAUAAAAUUCUUUUUCUUUCCUUUUGGUGGAAGCCCUAGCCCUAAUUUUUUAGGUUGUGUCCACGCUGGCAGAAAAAUACGGUUGCCGGCUGACAGUUCAGCGGGCGUUUCAACCGCCGUUUCGCGUUGAAGAUGGCGGCGGUUGCCGCGGUAAAACGGGUAAAACCGGCGCUCCCGCUGCGAACGCUGGUGCUUUUUACCGCGCCGGGCCUGCGCUUUUUACAGUAACCGCCGCAUCGGUAUAAAAGGAGCAGCGCAGUUCCGAGGAACUCGUUGCCUCGUCGUCGUUGCGCUCGUUUCGUCCAAUUCUAGAUUCGUUCGUCGUCCGGCCAAGAUGAGAGAGUGCAUCUCGAUCCACAUUGGCCAGGCCGGCAUCCAGAUUGGAAAUGCGUGCUGGGAGCUCUUCUGCCUGGAGCAUGGCAUCCAACCUGAUGGCCAAAUGCCAAGCGACAAGACAAUCGGAGGAGGCGACGAUGCAUUCAACACCUUUUUCAGCGAGACCGGCGCGGGGAAGCACGUCCCACGCUGCGUGUUCCUGGACCUGGAGCCGACUGUGAUCGACGAGGUCCGGACCGGAACGUAUCGCCAACUCUUCCACCCCGAGCAGCUCAUCAGCGGAAAGGAAGACGCGGCCAAUAACUUCGCUCGAGGACACUACACAAUUGGGAAAGAGAUUGUCGAUCUCUGCCUCGAUCGAGUACGGAAGCUGGCGGACAACUGCACCGGGCUGCAAGGAUUUCUCGUGUUCCACGCAGUCGGGGGUGGCACCGGCUCCGGCCUGGGCUCCCUCCUCUUGGAGCGCCUCUCGGUGGACUACGGCAAGAAGUCCAAGCUGGGAUUCACCAUCUAUCCCUCGCCGCAAGUCUCCACGGCCGUGGUGGAGCCAUACAACAGCGUUCUUUCGACGCACUCGCUGCUCGAGCACACAGACGUGGCCGUUAUGCUCGACAACGAGGCCAUCUACGAUCUGUGUAGACGAUCUCUCGACAUCGAGCGGCCGACUUACACCAACUUGAACAGAUUGGUCUCGCAGGUGAUCUCGUCUCUCACUGCCUCUCUACGCUUUGACGGUGCUCUCAACGUGGAUAUCACCGAGUUCCAGACCAACCUGGUGCCAUACCCGCGCAUUCACUUCGUGCUCUCGUCGUACGCGCCGGUUAUCUCCGCCGAGAAGGCCUACCACGAGCAGCUGUCGGUGUCCGAGAUCACAAACACGGCGUUCGAGCCGGCGUCGAUGAUGACCAAGUGCGACCCGCGCCACGGCAAAUACAUGGCCUGCUGCCUCAUGUACCGCGGCGACGUCGUCCCAAAGGACGUCAACUCCGCGGUGGGAACCAUCAAGACCAAGAGGACGAUCCAGUUUGUGGACUGGUCGCCCACCGGGUUCAAAUGCGGUAUCAACUAUCAGCCCCCGACUGUGGUUCCCGGCGGUGAUCUCGCCAAAGUCCAGCGUGCCGUGUGCAUGAUCUCAAACUCCACCAGCGUUGCCGAGGUGUUCUCGAGGCUGGAUCACAAGUUUGAUCUCAUGUAUGCCAAGCGCGCGUUCGUGCACUGGUAUGUUGGCGAGGGGAUGGAGGAGGGGGAGUUUUCCGAGGCCCGCGAGGAUCUGGCAGCUCUGGAGAAGGAUUACGAGGAAGUUGGCGCCGAGUCCGCUGAUGGCGAGGGAGAGGACGAAGGUGAGGAGUAUUAGCUAUAUUUUUUCCUCUUCUUUUUUCUUCCUUUCAUAGCUACAAGAACUAGAAAUAGUGCAGAGAAAGAAAAGCCAAAUUGUAUUAUUACCACAAGGAAUAAAUGCAUACGUUUUCUAAAUUG